UAUACUUUUUAAUUGUAGGUGGUGCGUUUGGCUUCUUUCCAAAAUGCCCCAUCUGUUCCGCCAUUCUUAUCAUUGCCAAGACAAUCAAGAGGUGAUGGCGAUGACAUUAUGGAUGAAAGAAGGACCAGUGAGGUAGCUGUAGGUGGUGGGGGAGUAUCAGUGGCUGUUACUCGUUUCCCAGUGGAGCAAAAACGACCAGUGGGGCCUCUUGUUGUUGCUGGUGUACGGGAUGGAGUUCUUUGGCUCAUUGACAGGUACAUGUGUGCUCAUGCCAUAUCACUGAAUCAUCCUGGUAUCCGCUGUCGCUGCCUUGCUGCUUACGGGGAUGCUGUUAGUGCUGUUAAAUGGGCAAGUAGGCUUGGGAGAGAACACCAUGACGAUCUGGCACAAUUCAUGCUGGGGAUGGGAUAUGCGACAGAAGCUCUUCAUUUGCCUGGAAUAUCUAAGAGGCUGGAGUUUGAUCUCGCAAUGCAGAGCAAUGAUCUUAAGAGGGCUCUUCAUUGUCUUCUCACAAUGAGUAAUAGCAAGGACAUUGGACAGGAUGGUGCAGGCCUUGAUUUGAGUGACAUUCUCUCUUUGACAGCUACUAAAAAGGAAGAUGUUGUUGAAGCUGUGGAGGGAAUAGUGAAAUUCGCAAAGGAGUUUCUUGACCUCAUAGAUGCUGCAGAUGCCACUGGUCACGCCGAUAUCGGUCGCGAAGCUCUAAAAAGACUGGCAACUGCAGGUUCGGUCAAAGGCGCUUUACAGGGUCAUGAGUUGCGAGGUCUUGCACUACGCCUAGCAAACCAUGGAGAAUUGACACGCCUAAGUGGUCUGAUAAACAAUCUGAUCUCCAUAGGCCUCGGGAGAGAAUCAGCAUUCUCUGCUGCAGUUUUGGGAGACAACGCGCUCAUGGAGAAGGCAUGGCAAGACACGGGAAUGCUCGCAGAAGCCGUGCUUCAUGCCCAUGCACAUGGUCGUCCUACUUUAAAGAACUUGGUGCAGGCUUGGAAUAAAACGCUGCAGAAGGAAGUUGAGCAAGCUCCAUCUUCUAAAACCGAUGCUGCAAGUGCGUUUCUGGCUUCACUCGAGGAUCCAAAGCUCACGAGUUUAUCUGAUGCAUCCAAAAAACCUCCAAUCGAGAUUCUACCUCCCGGAAUGUCUUCAAUCUUUGCUUCCAUUUCUGCUCCCAAAAAACCUUUACUCACGCAGAAGACUUCACAGCCAGAACCAACAAAGCCAUUGGCGCUCGAGGAACCGGCUAAACCAUUGGCUAUUGAAGCUCCUCCAUUUUCUGAGACAGCACAGACCGAAUCAGUGCCUGAAACUGCAGCCGUUGCUGAGUCACCCGCACCUGAAACUGCAGGCACUGCUGAUUCUGCGGCACCUGAAACUGCAGCCGUUGCUGAGUCACCAGCACCUGUUUAUGGACAAGUGACAGAGACAGUAUCUGAACCUCCUCCCGUAGAAAAAGAGGAAACUUCUUUGGAAGACAAAAGCGAUCCGACUUCAACUCCAACCACAGAAGCAGCUGCAGCCACAGAAGAUACUAGUCAAACAACACCGCCGCCUGAAUCUGUUACAAUAACGACGCCUGAAACUGCUAGUGCUACAACAACAGCGAAACCAAUAGAGAAUGCAGCAACUGAGAAGCGAGAAGUAACCACUUAUCCUNCGCAAAGGAGUUUCUUGACCUCAUAG